CCGUGUGCGGGGAGCUGGGGCAGCGGACCCCCGGGGGCGGCGUGGUGACGCAGGUGUACGUGUCGCUGGGGGAGCUGCCGGCCGUGCUGGUGGCCGCCUCGCUGCUGCUGGACUUGGUGCUGCUGCCUGCCCUCGCGGCGCGCGGCGGCAGCGAGUAUGUGGCUGCCGCGGCGAACUUCACGAUGCGGGAGGCGCUGGGCAGCCUGGCACUGCCGCGCCCACUGAUAGACUCUGACUACCUGGCGCCGCAGCCCGACCUGCUGGCGGCGGCACUGGUGCUGCUGGCCACCAUGACGGCCGUGUUGGGCACAAAGGUGGCAUGCCGCGCGGGCGUGGUGGGCGUGGCGGCGUCGCUGGUUGCACUGACGACGGCGGUCGUGACGGCCCUGGUGGGCGCCGAUCCGCGGCACUGGACAGGCGUGCAGGGCUUUGUGCCGUGUGGUCUGCACGGGGUGGUGAGUGGCGCCGCGGUGCUGAGCGUGGGCAUGGGCGGCAGCCACCUGGCAGGACUGCUGGCGGGCGAGUGUGGGCGCUACCAGUGCUCGGCGCCGCGUGUGGGCGUGGCUGUGGGCGUGUUGGCCCUCCUGGUGCUGUUGCCCACCUCCCUCUCGGCCACCCUGGCAUCGCCGGCUCUCAUGCCCUCCGCCACCUUCAUCCACCUGUUCCCGGGGGCAUCGCUGCUGGGCGUGAGGGUUCUGGUGGGUGUGGGCAGCGUGGCCGGAUUGUGGGCGGGCAUGGUGGGCGCUUUGCUAGCCGGGUCUCGCCUGGCGUACGGGCUGGGGCGGGACGGACUCGCCCCAGCUGUGCUGGAGCGGGUCUCGCCUUUCACCGCCACGCCCUGGACCGCCAUCCUUUUCUGUGGAGGCGCCGCCACCCUCGCCGCCACCCUCUGCUCCUCGUGGCUGCUGCGCCGCGCGGCGGGUGCCGGCGGCCUCAGCGCGGGCGUGGCGGGAGCGGCGGCUCUCUUGGCACGCAGGUUCCGCCCCGAGGCUCCACGGCGGCCCGCAGAGGCACCAACGUGGGCGCCGUCCCCCGCACCGUCUCGCAGCGCCCACGGCUUUGACGAGCUGACGGAGGCGCCGCCGCCCAUCGUGGACGAAGACGCACCGCGCCAGGUCGCAGUGGAGUGGCGGGGCGGCGCGUGGACAUCAGCGCUGGAUCCUCCCACGCCGCCCACGUGGCUCUCGUGGCGAACUUCCCGGUUCCUUAUGGUGACCUUCAUGGUGGACUGUGUGGUGGGGGCGGUUGUGGUGCGGGGGGCGCGGGAGCUGGGGCUGGGGGUGUGGGCGUGGGCAGGCGUGGUGCUGUGUGUGGGAGGCUGUGUGGUGUGCGGUGUGGGACUGUGGUUGCAGCCCAAAAACCCUCCACCGCGGCGGGACCAGCGGGACACGACACCCUUCCUACCGCUACUGUCCCUGCUGGCCAACCUGCUGCUGCUGCUGCACCUGCCGGGUCCCUCUCUUGCCGCAGCGGGCUGCGUGUGGCUCACCGCGGCGGCCGCCUGGCUGGUGACAGGCCGCACCAGCAGCACCGAAGCAGUGCUGCGGCGGGCUUUGCUGACGCACAGCGGCCACGCCUGUGCCGCGGACCUGCUGUAAUGGCCCGGCGAGGCAGCAUCUGGGGUGAGCUGGGCCGCCGCUGGUGUCAGUGAUGCUGGCCGGACAAAAGCUUCAUCCCCGCGAUGGACAGAACACUUGACGGUGACGGUGAAGGUGGUCGUGUGUCUUAUUCUAGGAUAUACGUGUGUGUGUACAUAGGAAUGAAGGUGUUUAU